GUGUGCUGCAUGCAUACUUCUGGGGUCCGGGUAACUGAACAGAUCCAACAAGACAUCUCAGAGGAGUCAGAGUGAGUUGAACUUUUUCCAGCUUUGUUAUUUGGACAAGAUGCGGUGUGAGAUCGCUUUUGGAAUGUUUCGAUGUAAUUUAUAAGCCGCCGAUUCCUUACUGGAUUAGUCUACUGCACAAAGAGCAGCGAGAAUAAAGACUCCACGCGCUUCAAGAUGUUGCUGCACGUUUUGCUUUCGCGGCUGUGAGCAAAUGUGAUUCGUUACCAGCCAUUUGGUGUUUUGUCCAUGGAGGGGUUUCGAUACACGUUUCAGUGGAUAUCGAAGGAACAAAUAUGAGCACACUUAACUAUCUGAAGGGGUCAGAAGAACGCGGCUAGACGGUGGGCAUGGAACAAGAGUUGUUUAUCUCAGUCUCUGGUGGAAAACAUUAUGGGUUAUAAACCAACAAAUGGAAUCCCUUGACCUAAUAAUCAACUUUUAAGCCUCUGCAUCAUAAAGAAAUGGCAAACUAUGGCAACUCUCCAGCCAUUCUACGGCUGCAAAUAUUGAUUGUGUCCAUCGGCUGUGCAUUGGUAUGUUAUAGUCGUUUAUCCACCGCAUCACCGGCACACAACCAGCGUUUGAUAUGCUGGCAAGCCAUCAUGAAGUGCCAAGGAGAACAGGAGUGUCACUACGCGUACACACAGUAUCUAAACGCGUGCGGUCCGGUGAUAAACGGCAAGAAGAAGAAAUGUCCGAGCCACUGCAUUUCUUCCAUCAUUCAGCUCAAUCUGACUGUGAACGGCCCGGCACUGGAGGACUGCGACUGCGCCUCGGACACUCUAUGCAAGAUGACCAAGAGAGCCAUCGAGCCCUGUAUACCUAGAACGAGCCACAUGGGCUGCACCGAAGCGCGUAAGCAGUGUGAGAAGGAUCCCGAGUGCAGCACCGCCAUGCGGGACUAUCUGUUUCACUGCAGGAAACUCUUCGGCGGAGAGCGCUGCUCUGACGACUGCAGGCGGGUCAUCACGAACAUGCGCUCCAUCCCCAAAGCCCAGCAGCUGGACACUUGCGUGUGCGACGGCACAGAGAGGACAAUAUGCGAGUUUGUCAAAGGCAGCAUGAAAAACUUCUGCUUUAACGACCGAUACGGCGGGAGUGGCUUUUCAAAUACCGAGGACGACUUGGACUACGACUACGAGACGGAUUAUGAAGACGAGGAGAGUGAUGCGUGGGAUUUAAGAGCACAAAAGAGUUCGAUUGUGAUGUCCACCAUUUUGACACUUUCUUCUCUUGUUAUAAAAUAGGGCACGUUUUCAGAAUUAACUGCAUAUUUGGCCUGGGUGGAAAUAAUGGGGGGAAUUCGAACUUCCCCAAAUUAAACCCUAACACCCCCUCCCCCAGACAUGGAAGUAAAAACAAAAGGUGCGCGCGCGUGUGUGGGGGUUAUAUACAUAAGUGUGUAUAUAUACGAAGUAUUUGUCCAAGUACCAAGGCACUUGGGAAGUCUCAAGGUUACAAGCAACAGUAGCGCUAAGUGAUCACGUUCCCGCGGUAAAAGUAGCAUGUUACUUAUCACUUUAUUGUAGGGUAUAGCCUACACACAAAAAUAUGACAAGACCUUUUGUGUUCUGGAUAGAACGUCUUUAGUUGAAGUGCGGGCGCACCACGACACGGAUCUCAUAUCGUAAAAUACUGACAGAAAAACAGUCCCCUGAAAGAGUAAUGGAAUAAUUCGGACAUUGUAUUUGGUUGUAUUAGCUGUCCCCGCGUGAAGUAGUCUGUUUCAGUUGGCAAAACAUGUUAGUCUCGAACUUUUAGUGUUUUUUUUUUUUUUUUUUUUGAGGGCGUUUUCUGCUUAUAUGCGCUUAAAAUGUACAGGUACACGAGAGAAUCAUCCCACUAGGUAAAAAUAAAGAAAAUGAGAGAACAAGAAAACCAGAAUUCCGUAGUAAUAGGUUGUUUUAAAAAACCUAGUUGAGCUGCCAAAAUCAGCACACCAUAAAAAAGGGGGAAAUUUGUCUAUUAUGUAAAGAAAAUAUGCUGGAAAUAUGUGCUCUGCUAUAUAUUAAGUUAUUACGAAAUAUUGUGGAAACUGCUAUUCAAAGAGAAAAAUAAAUAUUGUUAGUUUAUUUUUAUAUGAAAGAUUGGUUAGUGUAAAAAAAAGAUUAUUUUAAAUGUGUAUAAUGUUUCUGUAUCAUAUAAUUGUGUGAAUAAUGUUGAUAAACAAUACCAUGUAAUACUGUUUAUAAUGUUCAUAAAGAUUGGCUUCAAAUUAUUCAAAA